AUGGGGUUGUUGCGCUUCUAUACGUCGCUGGCACUGAUCUCCGCCUCGGCCUUCCUCGUCCGGGGUCAGAGUGAUGAUCUAGGCCUAGCGAAUGGUUAUACCAAUCUGAAGACCGACCACUUCGACCUUCGGCUCGUUACGGACGCCCAGAUCCUAGCAUCGCUCAGGCCAUCCGGAUCAUCCUUUGACUUCUUACCGUCGGAUUACUUGCCGUACCGAGCAGCCAACGGUCAGUACCAUAUUGGAGACAUCACCUUCCGGUAUCGCGCGGUGGGGGAUACCGAAUGGACUGCUGGUGAUUCCUCACAGGCUCGAGCCGUUGUCAAGUCGCUUGACGCUGAUGCGCUCGCCGCGGCCGAUCUAACAUCCACGUUGCCUGGCAGCUCUGCUCUACAAGUUGUUCGCCAAUGGUUGGAUGUCGAUGGAGACUUAGGACUGAGCUUCACCCUCACGAACAAGGGCAACAGUAGCGUAGAAAUCGGCAGCCUGGGCUUCCCGAUUGAGUCCAACAGUAUUUUUACAAAUCGCACGGCGGAUGAGGUUACAGCGCAAUGCUCCCUCGUGGACCCGUACAUUGGGCUGGACGCCGGCUAUCUACAAUUCACUCCGACUUCCGGACAGGGUCCAGCCUUGAUUAUCACCCCGUUGGUCAAUACGAGCACCCCGUUCGAAGCCUGGCGCAACCUCGCGGAGGUAUCUGACCAGUACACCGGGUACGGUAGCCAAACAUUCGAAGGGUUCUAUGAGUGGCAGAUUCAUUCAAAGGCAUAUGCGGAGAAGGAAUGGGCUGAGGUGAAUCCAUGGAAUGAGCCAACCGCACGCAGCCUCAAACCCGGCGAAUCCACCACGGUAGGCCUUCGCUUCUCCGUGGUAAAGGAUGGGGUGCGCGGUAUUCAAAAAGCUGUCCGGGGGACAAAUACCCCAUUGACCAUAGGAACAGGAUAUGUCGUUCCCCGCGACCUUACGGCACAGCUUUUCAUCUUUCACUCGGCCAAUGUCUCCAAGAUCGUAUCCGACAACGAUGCCUUCGACUUUGCACGCCCUUCAUCCAACUUAGUUUCCCUUUCUCCCACCGAAUCAGCCUGGGGAAGGACCAAGGUCACCAUCUCCUACGCGGACGGAAAAGUCCAGACAGUCCAUUACUUCAUCACAGACACUGCCCCGGAUGUGAUCUCCAAGUUGGGUGAUUUCUCAACCACUGCCAUGUGGUUUGACGACGAGAAGGACCCCUUCGGUCGGGCACCCUCGGUGAUCACGUAUGACGAGGCUACCAAAGCACAGGUGCUUCAAGAGGCGCGAGUUUGGAUUGCUGGACUCAUGGACGAAGGCGGCGCCAUAUUUCUCGCUUCCACGAUGAAAGAGCACGGUCUUCCGAACGCGGCGGAGGUGGCGAAGCUGGAAGAAUUUGCGUCCAAAGUGCUUUUUGGUACCAUUCAAAACACCGAUUUUACGGUUCGUAAGAGCGUCUUCUACUACGAUCCAGAACAACUCCCGAAUUAUGAGUACAGCAGCAAUAUCGACUGGGGAAAUUGGUGGUCUUGGAAUAAGGAUGCUUCAUACUCCACUGAUCGUGCGUAUGACUAUAUCCACGUUAUUGGAGCAUACUGGUCAUUGUAUCGCGUCGGCCGCGACAACCCGACGCUUCUCAAGGUGCACUCGUGGCAGUGGUACCUGGGCCAGGCUUACAAUACGACCGUGACGUGUUUUGCGACAAAUUCUGCCGGAGACGGCCUGGUGGGUUACUCGCGCCUGGGCCUGAUGGGAGAAACUGUUGUCGGGGAGCUUCUGGCAGACCUGCAACGUGAAGGAUGGACCCAAGAGGCGGACGCAGUAGAGGCCGCCAUGAAACUUCGCGCGGAAGCGUGGGACUCGCAGUCGGAACCCUUUGGAAGUGAAAUGGCGUGGGAUUGUACGGGUCAGGAGGGCGUUUAUUACUGGAGCAACUAUGCCGGGAAGCUCCAGCGGAUUGAGCGCAUGAUUCAUCAUUAUGGUUCCAGCCUCAACGCAUUGCCUCUUCUCGCUGAGUUUCGACAAAAUCCGACUGAUACUCAUCUCCUCCGGGUUGGUUACGGCGGCAUCACUGGCCCGUUAAGCAAUAUCCGGGAGGACGGCUCGAUGUACAACGCGUUCCACUCAUUUCCCGAUACUCUCAAGGGCGACGACUAUUCCGGAGACUACGGUCCUAACUUCCUCGGAAUGAUGCUGGGCGCUGGUACAUACAUCGUCGACGACCCUGACGUCGGCAUCAUAGCAUACGGCGGCAAUCUGUCCGUGGAGAGCGACACAGUGACCGUGCAACCGCGUGAUGCCGUCCGGCGACGUGUAUAUGUUGCGUCAAUGGGUGUCUACGUCACGAUAAAUGCUGGCCAAAUCGAGGAAUUCUCAUUUUCCGUAACUCGACCAAACUCUCUGGAACUGAAGCUUAUCGGAGGGACAUCCAAUGCGACCACGGCGAUCGUAUGGGUUGAGAAUCCUGGUACAAACGACGCGUACGCAGUCACAGCCAGCGGGGACCAGACAAGGGGAGGUGUGGCGGUUGAUCUAUCAGGAGGCUCCGCGACUGUCACGGUGGCCAGGCAGUAA